AGUAUUUCUUGGAAAUAAAUAAAAAUCAAAUGAUGAAACGAAGCUCUUUGUGAUUAAAAUAAUAUUUAAUAAUUUACUCAUGAUAUAUAGUCCAACAGCGCAUUGUUUUUACAAUUGCUUGAAACGGUAUAUAAUCGACGAUUUAGUGAAAACACACAGCAUUUUAAAAGUUUCACUCAGAAUGAAGAUUCUGGCGAUAUUAUUGAUUCCUUGGGGAAUCGUUUCAGCUAUUCCAUCGUUCAGAGAAGUUAAUUUGAUAAAAAAUGAAAUAAGUAAUUUCAAUAACCAGGAAAGGCAGAGAAAAAUUCCUGAUAUAGAAACGGUCAUUCCCGAUGAAGACGAACUUGAACCCGAUGCUACAAGAAGCGAGCUUCACAAAAGAUCUCUAUUUCCUCAAUUUCGAAAGGGUUUCGACUUCUUCUUAGAUAAAAGAAACAACAAAGAUGUAAAUCUUAAUAAUAUAUUCUUAAAUGGAUUUGGAAACAAACUUAUAGAUGACAUAAUACAGUCAUUUUUUAAAGUCAUUCAGCUAUUCACUAGUAAGGAAGAAUUAUUGAAAUUUGGAGAAUUGAAUCAAUUCGAAUCGAAUCAAGUUGAUGAUGUAUUUAAAGACAAAUUCUAUCAGAGACAAAAAAAGGUUGAUAACGAAGAAAAAGAUACAACUAAAUUAGAUAAAAGCUUAAAAAGUACAUUCAAUUUCAAAAAUGAAAAGAUAAGAAAAAUCGACGAAGAAAUGCUUCAUUCAAUAAUUCCGCAAAUUACAGCGAAUGAAAAUCGACGGAAUGGUAAAUCAGAAAAUAAUGAAUAUUCUGAUAAAAGUGAUAACGAUGAAUUUGAAACUAAACGAAGACAAUUAUACACUGAAAUACCAGAUAAUGUGCUACGAAAUAAAAGAGAUACACACAUUCCAUUAUGUAACACUCUUAAUAAAGAUAGUAAGGAUUGUCUGGUAAAUUCUAAUAGAAUAAAUGCUAACAGAAUAAAAAAUAAACAAUCAUCGAUUGAAUCUUUGAAUACUGAUCUUGCUUUUACAAAAAUCAUUCAAAAAGCAAACGCAGAAGCAGAGAAAUUCAAUGAAUUUCAAAUAAACGUUCCGGAUGGUGAAUUUAGCAAAUGGCUUGAUAAUAGUGCAGGAUCUUAUUUUAAUUACCCGGAAUCUUCUAAUACUUCACCAAAAUAUGAACCAAUUGCAACCAUAAAAGCAACAUCGACUGAAACAACAUUAGACAAAAAACCUGAUAAUUCAGUACCUAUUAAAACAUACAUCGAAUCUGAUUAUAAAGACUUAAAUUUGAAAUGGCUAAAUGACGAAGAAUAUGAAUUUAGCAAAGAUCUUAAGAAAUCAUCUAGAAUGUGGCAGGAUAAUGGUGUUGUUGGUGAAGCUAUUCUUAUACCACCAGAAUUGGAUUCAAUUGACAAAACGACGAAGGAUAAUAAUAAUGCUAUAUCCAAUGCUAACUCAAUUUCUAAGACAACUACGUCUAAGGCAGCUAAUCUAGACGUUGUUUCUGAUAGUAAAGACAUUUAUAUACCAUCAGACUGGAUUGUUAAAUAUAAAAUGAUGAGUGAUAAAAAUGAUGACAUAUUAUUUUCUAAGAUAGCUUCAUCUACUGAAAAUCAUGCUGGAGCUAAUUCUAGAACUGGAAUAGUUCGUGAAGAUGAAUAUAAGCCAUUAAAGAGUACACAGACGAUAGUACAGAUGAAUAACGAUGGUAUAAGCAGAAGUACUACGGAUGAUGCUAUUUUUAAAUCUAAACAAGUAACAUCUAUUGCAACUGAAGUAAAACCUUUCGUCAGUGGAGAAAAACGAAAACUAUCAACCUGGGCUCUCGAUGACACCAUUGUGAGUGACAAUAAUAAUAUAGCAAUUGCUGCUAAAUCAACUGCAUUUACUAAAGCUCAUGCUGGAAAUGUCGCAAUUAAUGAAGACAACCAAAGGUUGACAAAGUGGAAUAUCAAAAAUGCAAUCAUCAACGAUGAAAAUACUACUAUAUCAAAUGGUAAAGUAGCUGCACCUGCCACUGUAUAUCCUGCAUCAGGUGCAUCUAGUGAAAGCAAGCGUGAAUCAUUUCAAAACAGCAUGAAAAACAAUGUGUCCAGUAAUCAAACCGAUGGUUUGCCGAAAAUUGAAAUAAAAGCUGAUGCUACUGUCAAUAAAGAAACCAGAGUUUCAAGAGGAGACAAGAAUGAACAACUAAGAAAAACAGCGACUCAAGAAAGUGUAUUAAAUAAUAAAAAUAAUCCUGCUAUAGUUGAAAAAGAAAUAUUAUCUAAAACAGUUAAUUCCGGUGUUGGUGUAACUUAUCCGGUGGAAAAUUCAAAUAUUUAUGAAAUUCAAGUACCGUCGGAAUGGAUUGUCAAAUAUGAAAGUCUUGAUAAUAAAGACGAUUCUUUAAAAUUCGCUAAAGUAACGUCUGUCAAUCUUAAUGCUAGAAAUAAUGCAGCUACAGAAGAUGCAUCAAACUGGGCAAACGAACCAAAAGUUACAAGAGAACGAGACGACAAAUGGUCUAGUUUGGAAUCAAAUGCAAAUACCUCAGCUAUACAACCAGUUGCUGUUUCAACAGAGAAAACAGAAAAACUACCGAACAAGAGAGUCAAGGAUAACGUACAAAUUAAUAAAGUGUUAGAGUCUACUAAAACAGAUGCUGAAGCUGCAACAGUUAAUAACAAUGAUAAAGAGCAAUGGAACAACAAUGAAAAAGUUCAAAGUUUAAAUAGUCAAUCAGUUGCAUCUGUUGCUGAUAAUGUUGAAGUUGCGAUCAGUACUAAAAAGGAAAAAGAGCAGUGGAAAUGGAACGACACGGAUAAAGAUCUGAUAAUUAAAAACAGCGUUAAAUCAGAAAAUAAAGCAACUACGUCUGCUGAAAUUAAUACUAAUGUCGCAGAAGCUACUCAUAAUAAAAACAGGCAAUGGAAUUGGAACAGUGACGAGAAAAUUAAAAGUACGAAAGAUGAUGUUAUAUUAAAUACUAAAACAGCUGCAUUUGCAGCAGGUAAUAGCAAAGCAGCUGCAUCUGCUGCAAGUAAUAGUAAAUUUAUAACAGCUACUCAAAGUGAAGAAAAACAAUGGAAUUGGGUAGAAAACAGCAGGGUCGCGAAUAUGAAAAAUUAUGAUAUAUCAAAUAAUGAAAGAACUGCAAUUGUCGAAGAUACUUAUGAUGCUGAAGAAGGUACAACCGAUAAAAAACUUUCAUGGACGUCUAACGCAAAUGAAAAACACAAUUUAACGUCAAAUAAUAAAGUAACUACGACUAAUGGCACAAUUAUCGAAGAAGACAAGGAGAAAUGGAAAUGGGAUAAUGUACUCAAAGAUCUAAGUGUAAAAAAUAAUGUUUUAUUAAAUAAUGUAACAGCAGCACUUACCGCGACUGAUAAUAUAGCUACGGCUGUUUCGGAAAGUGAAAUACAACGCAGAAUAUGGAACAAUGAAAACAAAAUUUUAGAUGGUCAAAAAGAUGUUGCAUCAAGUAAUGAAGCAAUUGCGACUGUUGGAGUUAGUGCUAAUAUUCAAUCAGUUAUAGAAGAUGACAAGCAACAAAGGCAGUGGGAUAAUAAAGAAAAUACUCAAACUUUAAAAGAAAAUAGUUCUUCAAAGAAUGUAACAAUUUCGUCUGCGAAAGCUAAUGCUAAUGCUGCAGAAUCUACUGUAAGUAACAAAAAAAUAUGGAAGUGGGACAGCGCUGAUGAAGUUUCGAGUGAUAAAUAUGAUAAUUUAAUAGCUAAUGAAACGGAACUGACUUCAGAAACAGAUGUUAUAAUUGAUGUAGCUACCGAUACUAACAAAAAGUUAUUAAAGUUAAGUGAUAAGAAUGAAAAUUCGAGUGAAAAAAGAAAUGUUACAUCAAAUAGUGAAGCAACUGCAACUGCUGAAACUGGUACUAAUUUUCAAGCAACUAUUGAAAACAAAAAUCAGAAAUGGAACUGGGACAAUAAAAAAAAUGCCCAAAUCGUAAGAAACGAUGAUGCAUCGAAGGGUGAAACAAUUUUAUCUACGAAAGCUAAUGUUAAUGCUGCAGAAGUUAGUACAAGUAACAGCCAAUCACGGAAAUGGGAACGUGCAGAUGAAGUUUCGAGUGAUAAAUACGGCUAUUUAACAACAAAUAAAACAGAUUCGUCUUCAGGAGCUGAUGUUAAAGCUAAUUCUAUCGGUAGUAACACAAACUUAUUAAAAUUGAACAACAAGAAUGAAAAUCUAAAUGAAAAAGAAAGUAUUAUAUCAAAUAGUACAGCAACUGCGUCUACUGAGGCUAAUGCCAAUUCUCAGACGAUUAUUAAAGAUGAAAAUUUGCGAUCAGUAUGGGACAAUAAACAAAACGCUCAAAUAAAAGAAGAUGGUUCUUCAAACGGUGUAACAAUUUCGUCUGCGAAAACUAAUGCUAAUGCCGCAGAAUCUACUGUAAGUAACAAAAAGAUAUGGAAGUUGGACCGUGCUGAUGAAAUUUCGAGUGAUAAAUACGACUAUUUAGCAGCUAAUGAAAGGGAUCCGCCUUCUAGAAUAAAUGUUACAGCUAAUGCAACUACCGAUGAUAACAAAAAGUUAUUAAACGACAAAAAUAAAAAUGUUAAUGAAAAAGAAAAUAUUACAGCAAAUAAUAAAGCAAUAACGUCUACUCAGACUAUUACUGAUAUCGCAGCCGUUUUGGAAAAUAAUAAUAACCAAUGGGAUAUCAAUAGUAAAUCUCUAAUUGUAAAAGAUAAUCUUAUCAUAAAUAAUCAAUCAGCUACAUCUGCCGUAAGCAAUGCUAAUGCCACAUUAAUUAUUACACGUAAUAAGUUACAAUCAAAAUUGGACAACGAAAAUAACGAUCUAAGUGUUAAAAACGAUGUUACAUCAAAUAAUAAAGCAGCAGGAUCUGCAGAAGCUCAUGGCGUAGCUGCAGUAACUACUGAAAGUGAAAUAAAGCAGAAGAAGUUUGAAGACAAAAAUAAACAUUUGAAUAUUAAAAACAAUAUUUCAGUGAAUAAUAAAACAACUGUUUCUGUAGGAGCUAAGACAGAUGCCGUAACAAUUAUGACAAAUGACCAGCAGCAAUGGUGGUCGGUCAAUGAAAACAAAGAUCCGAGUAUCAAAGAUGAUGAUGUUUUAUUACCAAAUGAAGUAACUCAAUCUACUAGAGCUAAUGCUGAUGCUGCAGCAGCUACUGCAAAUAGCAAACAACUAUUAACGUUUAACGAUGAAGACGAUACUUCAAAUAGUGAAAGCGAUGAUAUCUUAAAUUUAGAAAGUGCUGCGUCCGCUCGAACUAAUGGUGAAAUUGCUGAUGUUACUGCAAGUUAUGAGAAUCCAAGGAUAUUGGAUAAUAGAAACAAGAAUCCAAGACUUAGAGUUAGUGUUACAUCAAAUACUGAAAAAGGUACAUCUGCUAGAACUGCUGAAGAAACUGAAACUGGAAUUACUCUAAUGACAAAUAAUGAUAAUAGAAAAAUAUAUGGCCAGAAAACUUUUGACUCAAUUUCUGAAACAUUCCCGUCAACUAUUAAUACCGCAAAAAUUGAUUUAGAAAACAAAGACGAGAAUACAUUAGCCGAAUAUAAUAUCAAUGACAAGGGAGCAUGGGUUCGUAAAGAUUUCAUAUCUAAUUCAAGGAUAGCUGCAUUAGCCACAGCCGCAACGAAAGCUACUUCUGUUCGCCAAAAUAAGGAAAAAUCAUCUGAUGGAAUUGCAGACAAAUCUGUAUCAAGUGUCACCAAAAUUGAAACUGAUUUUAAAAAUGAAAACAAGGAAAAGCUUCAAAGCUUAGAAUUAAAAAACAGUACUUUGAAAGAAGAACGAGACAAACCAUCCGAUCGAAAUAGUAAGGACAACAAUGCCAAAGAUAAUAUCGAUGCGAUGGCAUUUACUAAGGCAAUUGCAUAUACCAUCAAUAAAGGAGAUGUCGAUACUUUUAGUAAAGAAGACACUAAGCCCUCCGAAUGGAAAAUCAAAGAGACAAACGUACAAAGUCAUCAAGAUUUAGUAUCUCAUGAGAAAAUAACAGUAUCGACUACAGCUCAAACAAAAGCUGACUCUGUAAUAGAAGAUCAGAAUAAAUCACUAAAUAAAAAAGUUGGAGACAAUAACUCGUAUAAUAAUGAACUUUCAAUUGCAAAUAUACCAACCGCUACAGAAGCUAAAGUUAAUCCUUCAAUAAGAAUUAAAGAUAGUCAGACUAAAUACAAUGACAUUUUAAAAGAUACAGAAAUAAGUAAAAAAUCAUUGGAAAAUACAAAAACGUCAACAUCAGCUAUUAUAGAAGCAGAAAUGAAUUCGGUGAGUGAAGAUGAAAAUAAACAAUUCAAUCGAAAAACUGAUAAUAAGAAUCUAAUGGAUAAUACUAAUUUGAAAGCUGCUAUUGAGGCAACUAAAUCAAUUGAUGCUGAAUCAAAUUCUGUUUCAACGAGUAAUGAUAUAGAUAAACAAAUAAAGUGGAAAUAUAAGAACGAAGACAAUAUUAACGCAAAUGAUUCAAUGACAGAUAACGAUGAUACAAUUGACAAUGGAAGUGACAAUUUUGCAAUCAUUUCUUCGAAAGAAGAAGAUAUAAUUAGCAGUCUGAAUAAAACAUCCAAUAAUCUUAUAAAUUGGCUUAUAAGAUGGAGAUCGAUAAAUGUUAAUGCUCUUGAAAGUAAUAAGAAUGAGCGACACAAUAAUACAGAGUUAAAUUAUUGGAAACUUGGAAAUUCUAAUGAUAGAAAAUAUACAAAUGAUAAAUUAGACAUUCCCGUUACUACUGAUGACAAAACGAAGGAUUCGAAGGAAAAAAUAGAAGAAAUGGACGAUAUUGACCUUAUUGUACUAAAGAAACCAUACGGUCAACAAAAUACGAUUGGUGUUACAUACAUUAAAGAUUCGGUAACUCCUAUAGUUACAUAUAGAGUGAUUCCCAUAAGUGUGUUUGAACAAGUAAAUAAGUUAAUUAAACAAUGGGAAAUAAUUUACACAGAAUAUGCCAAACCACAAGUAUAAAAACUAUGAGACAUCCUAUGCAAUGUUAGUAACUUUUUACAAUUAUUUUUUACAAAGACAGAUUUUUCAUUUCAUAAAGAAAUGUCAUUUCAUUUCGCAAAUAAUAAAAAAAUUAUCAUUUCGUUUUAAUAUAGUAUUCUACCAAUAAUUUUAUUUGCAAAUGAAUCAUUUGUUUGAAUCAAAACAUUUUUUAUAAUGUAAUAAAUGACCAUUAAUUAUUCACUAUAACUUGUAAAAAUAUGCAAAACAAUCAAUUAAUGUAUGCACUUUCCAUAUAAUUUAUAGGGAAUACUUAAGUAAACGAUAUAACACAUAUAGUAUCAACGAAUAAAUAUAAAUUAAAAAAUAUAAAUUAAAAAUCGUACCCGUUAACGUUAUCACAGUAAAUAUGUUUAGAUAUGUGAACUUUUUUACUAAAUCCUUUGUGAUUAUACGAUUAUAACGAACACAAAGCUAGUCGUCGUAAUAAAUUAACAGUUUAAUUAUUUAAAAAUCUGUUAUUUUUAUAACGUUUGUUACUAAUUAUAAUAUUAUUAAAUACAAUUUUAUAUAUAUCCCAUUAUGAUUAUUUAUCAAAGAAAGUAAAAGAGUGAAUGAAGACAAUAAAAUAAAUGAGAGAAAUAAACGAGCUAUUCAUACGAAUUUUGCAACAAAACGUAAAAAAUAUAAAAUCUUAAAAACGUAAAAAAAAUAUAAAAUAAAAAAAUAAUCUGUUAUCAUUUAUAAACCUACAUAUUUAUCUCCACGAGAACUUAUUAGGUAGAAAUAUCGCAAUGUAAAAUUUGAAUGAAAACAAAGAGGCAUAGAUUUAAUCAUUAUAUGGUUUGUGUAUUUUAAUGAAUAGGACAAAUAUGAAAAUAGAUAAAAAUACAAUUAUUUGAUACAUUGAAAUGUUUAAAGGGCCUUGUUAAAAUAGAGAGAACAUUAAUCAUAAAUGCGGUCUACAAUACCUUGCAAAAGGAAGAAGAUAUAAGAGAGCCUUUAAGUAAUUCAUCCGUUAGAUACCAAACUAAUAUCGAUCAAGCAUCCUUGUAUGAUAUCGUGAUUAACCCAAUAACCACACAUGUUAACCCAUUAAUGUUAAUUCAUGUUUGACUUUAACCUUGUCGAUAACACAAGCGUAGCCGGAAGUUUAGUCUGUGGUUUACAUUAAAACGCUGAUUCGUCGAAGCAUGAUUCUACCUUCGGAAUGAUCGCUUCUCUGAAUACGGUAUGAACUAUAGAUAUGUACAUUGGAGCUGGUAACGCUUGGCUUGUUAGCCAUUCCUGUAAUUUAUCGCGGUUUGAAAAAUCAAUACAUAGCAAAGCUUGCUAAACCGACAACAUAACUCUUUACAUC